AUGCAUCUGACAUCCACUCUCCUCGCUGGCGCUGCCGCCGUCGCCUCGGCCGCCGCCGCCGAAAACUACCUCGGCUUCAACUCGGGUUCCACGCUCGCCGACCGCUCCGCCAAGUUCAAAAAGGAUUUCGAGGCCGAGUUUAAGACGGCCCAGGCCCUCAACGGCGCCCCCGGCAAGUUCAACGCCGUUCGCCUCUACACAAACAUCCAGGCCUACGCCACCGACGACCCCAUCGAGGCGUUCGAGGCCGCCAUUGAUACCCAGACCUACCUGCUGCUCGGCAUCUGGACCUCAGGCACCGACAACAUCAGCAAGGAGCUGAGCGCCCUCCAAAAGGCUGUCACCAAGUACGGCUCCAAGUUCACCGACCUUGUCAUUGGCAUGUCCAUUGGCUCCGAGGAUCUUUACCGCAACUCGGUCACCGGUACCAAGAACAAGGCCGGUGUCGGUGCCGACCCCGAGGUCAUCGUCUCCUUCAUCAAGGACUACAAAAAGGCCUUUGACGGCGGCGCCCUCGCCAAGGUCCCCAUCGGCCACGUCGACACUUGGGACUCGUGGACCAAUAGCUCCAACAAGGCCGUCAUUGACGCUGUCGACUGGGUCGGUGUCGACGAGUACCCCUACUACGAGAACGACAAGGGCAACAACAUCAAGAACGCCGGGAAGCUCUUCGACAAGGCGUACCUCGCCACCAAGGCCGCUGUCGGCGACAAGCCUGUCUGGGUUACCGAGACUGGCUGGCCCGUCACCGGUGAGAAGUGGGACGAGGCUGAGCCUUCUGCCGAGAACGCCAAGUACUACUGGGACGAAGUUGGCUGCCGCCAGCUCUUUGGCAAGGCGCCUACUUUCUGGUACAACCUUCGCGACUCCAACCCUGACAACACCAUGAAGUUCGCCAUUACCAAGGACCUGAGCACCACCCCCCUGUUCAACCUGACCUGCCCCACCACCUUUGACACCGACAGCAGCGACUCGUCCUCUUCCGCCAGCUCGGGCUCUAGCACCGCCACCUCCCGCUCCGACGGCUCGUCCACAUCGCUCUCUUCUCCCACCAGCUCUGGCUCAUCUGGUUCCGGCCCGAGCUCCGGCUCGGCUGCAGCCACCUCUUCUGCUGGUUCUUCUAGCGCUGGCGCCAGCGGUUCCGCCAAGGCCACCGCCGCCAGCGGCUCAGGCGCCGGCAAGAUGCUUGCCUCGAGCACCGUCGCUGGCGUCCUUGCUCUUGCUGGUGCCUUUUUCCUGCUGUAA